AUGGACGGAACUUCGACGUUGUGUCUGUCUUCGGUACGGGAGCUGCCGUCCCAGCUUCAGGAUCUGUACCAGCAGGGUUAUGUCCUCACGGUGGUCCAUCCCUUCGUCCACCCAUGCGGCCCGGAGGUGGCCAGCAUCCAGCGUCAGCUUUACCGAGCGGUGCUCAGCAAGCUGCCCGAGAGCUGUGAGAAGAGCCAGGCCGAGUUUGAGCCUUAUCAUCUGAAACUGGAGGAGUGUUUAUCUGCUGACCAUGUUCCCACCCCGGAGCACAUUCAAGGCUACGUGAAAAAACAGAUUCAGGACGCAGCUGACCAGGGCAUAAUUUUUGCUGGCUUCGUCCAGGAACCAGCCGGCCUCCACCCUCGUGUGACCAUACGGGGAGGCGGCCGAGAGGCAUCCCUGUCUCUUCACUCCAGUCCGAGUUCUCUACGAGGCUCCGAGAUCACGGCGAGCCCGAGCCAUCUGGGAGAGAGCGGGGCCGAGGACUGGGCCGGGGAGGGAGAGACGGACGAGCCAAGAACCUCUGGAGACGCAGGUGGAGACACGCUGUCGGAUGGUAUGUCCACUUUUUCCAAAUCGGAAUGCUGUGAUGGAAAGGAUGAUGCUCCGUCGCCCAUCAACAACAAAGCCAAAAACGGAGAGUUAAAUGAAAAAGACAGCAGGCCGUGUCUGACCAAAAGGGGUGCUGAACUUUUCGGCCUUUUCAACUAUCCGAAUGGGCAGCAGCACCCGCGGAAGUACUACACGGUGAAAGUGCCCCUGCGGGUCCAGGCCGGCGAGGAAGGCAGCUGCUCCAUCGAGGCCCACUGGCUGGACCACAUGACGCAGCAUUUUAACAGUGGAGCCUCGCUGGUCGAUGGCUACUUCAACCUGGGCAAAGACGACGAUCAACUACCCAAGUUCAUCGACAGCGUAUUUAUCUUCCAGGAGGGAGAACCUAACACAAACACGCCCUACGAUGCCAUCGUGGUGGAACAGUGGACCGUCAUUAACGGUAUACAGGUGAAGACCGACUACAUCCCUCUGCUACAGUCUCUGGCUUCCUUCGGCUGGAGGCUCACCUGUGUUCUGCCCACACCGAUCGUCAAGACCGGCAGUGAUGGAAGUGUGUCCACCAAGCAGAUUGUUUUCCUUCAGAGACCAACACUGCCGCUCAAGAAGAGACAAUCAAAGAAACUCAUCUUCCGAACUCGGGGCAAGUCGGGCAAGAACUCCGUCAAAGACGCUCUGAGGAGUAAAAAGAAGAAAGCCACAGCGGAGAAGGAGCUGGACGAUCUGAAGAUCCAGGAUGAAGUGAUCAGGGAGGCCAAAGACAACGAAGAUGAGAGGAGAGCAGAUGACGGGACGGGAGACGCCGAAUCUGAUGUCAAUCAGCAUCAAAGAGAAGUCAUGAUGGAAGAGGAAAACGAAGAACCGGAAGACGUCCAGGCUGAGACGAAACGAGAGAAGAGAGAUGUACACGGGUCAGACGGCAUCGAAGAAGCACACCCGGACAGCAUAGAGACGGACAACGAAGUGGAAGAUGAUCUAAAUACAGAAGCGAUGGCCAAAUUGGAGGAAACCAGUCAUCUGCACAAUGGUAUAGAGGAACAGGACCAGUCAGCCCAUGAGAGAACGUCGACUCUGAAAAUAGGAGAGCAGGUUGCUAUUGUUGUGGACAUCAGCAAUCAAGUCAAUCAGGAAUAAGAACUCCUAAAGUAAAGUAACUUUAAAAACCCAUUAUUAGGGUAAAAAGAAAAGCUCCUCGCCUGACCGGUUG